GAGAAAGAAUAGUGGGGGGUGGGGGGGGGCAUCAACUACAAGAAGAUCAUGUCAUCGAAGAAGAAGAGGAAGCAGCGUAUAAUGCACAUAGAUCUGUCCUUGGAAGCAGCAGAAGAUGAGGAAAGAGAGGUAGAAGGGGGUCAUGCGGUUGGUGAUCAACACCACCACCAGCAAGAGGAGGAGGGUGGCGAAAAGAUCAUUUUGAGCGGAGCCAAAGAGGGAAGCAACCAUCGUGAGGAGACCCCAAAGGAGGAGAAAGAUCAAGGUUGUGAGAAUCCCAUAGAAAAAGUUACGAUCGAGGAUGAGUUGUGCGCGUUGCAAGCUGAGAUGGAUCGUAUGAAGGAAGAAAACAAGCGAUUACAAGAGGUCAUCGAUCGCAUCUCGAACGAUUAUUACGAGCUACAGAUGAGAUUGGCAGACAUCCAACAGCAGGGGCAGCCAAAAGAGCAUCGAGUUUCGCUUUCGCUCGGAGGGGGGAGCUUCCAAGAGCCGAUGAAGGCCGGCGAGAGCGAACAGAUCGAGGAACCAUCGGUGGCCGCUCAAAGCGGCGACUUAGGUGAUGACAACGAGUUGGGCUUAUCCUUGAGUCUGCGAACAUUUGCGGGCCCUCAUGCAGAUACAAGUGAGGAGAAAGGGAAGGGAUCGAAGAUCUGGCAACCACUUGAUGACAAGCUGCAAACUGGUGGGUUCUCCACCGUCACAAGUCAAAGCAUCAAUCCAACCACUAGAAAAACUAGGGUUUCAGUUAGAGCAAGAUGCCAAGGGCCGACCAUGAAUGAUGGAUUGCAAUGGAGAAAAUAUGGGCAAAAGGUUGCGAAAGGGAAUCCAUGUCCGAGAGCUUACUACCGAUGCACCGUCGCACAGGGGUGCCCCGUUCGAAAGCAGGUGCAGCGAUGCCUCGAGGACAUGUCGAUACUGAUUACGACUUACGAAGGCACACACAACCAUCCCCUACCUGUGGGCGCAACCGCACUGGCUUUCGCAGCACCAACAGCAGCUACUUUUAUGCUGCCGAACGACGCACCUUCCUCAUCUUCCACUGCGGACACCGCACCAUCGUCAUACUUGAACCCUUACCUGGCGAAUCCCUCUCCCCAUUUACCGCCCAUGAACAGCCUCACAAGUUCUACUAGCUAUUCCGGCAUCUUUGGUGCGGCUAGCAGCAAUGACCAUGGGCGCCAACAACCUUCCAGUGCAACGUACCCGUGGGCCGCCUCCUCCAUUCCAAAUCCUGGUUUUGCUGGUGGAAGUUCUUGGCUACCACAUAAGGGGACCUGGAACGGUGAGAGUGCCAACGUGUCUUUGGCAGGAAACAUCGGUGCUAUUGCUUCAGACUCAAAGUUCACGGCCGCGGUCGCAGCAGCCAUUAGCUCGUUCAUAAACAAGGAUAGCCAGACUUGGGCACAAAAGGAUGGGGAGAGUAGCAGUAGAAGCAGCAGCAAGUGGGUGCUCGAGUCUCUCUCCAACAGCACCAAAGAUUUAAGCUGAAGUGAUUUGCAACUUGUUUCGUCCUUCAUGUCUCCAGUUUCCUUCCUCUUAUUCCUAUGUCGAGGAAAACAGUUUUGGGGAAACCCUACAUGCUUCCCUUGUCAACAAAUUCGGCAUUGUUCACCGAUCACGCACGAUACACUGAUCCUGAUUUGAAUGAUACAAGCAACCAGAUAACUGUGCGCUUUGUCAUCACGAGGGUUUUCCUCUCUUUUUUUGCCUUCACAUUGUAACAAGUAUCUUGAGUUCUGAUAACAAACAGUGCAAGCAACAUCUUGUGACAGUCCUAAGUUUUCUA